GAAUGAAACACUUGAAACUCUAGAGAAGAAUAAGAGCACCAUCACAUUCACUGCCAUCUUCACUAGAAAACAAUGUCAGGUGUUUCUUUUCUUUUGGCCUUGUUCAUGGUAGUAGCUUUGUCUAUCUUUCCUUCCAUAGUGGGUGCAAUAGGUGAGCACCGGCUAAGGUGGGUGCCUGAGACAACAACACCAUGCCAAAGCUCCAUAGAAGAGUGCAUGGCAGAAGGUGAGUUUGGAAUGGAUUCAGAGUCCCACCGGCGCAUUCUAGCGACCUCACAAUAUAUAAGCUACAAGGCACUUCAACGUAACACCGUGCCAUGCUCUAGGAGGGGUGCUUCCUACUACAACUGCAAGCCAGGUGCAGAUGCUAAUCCUUACACUCGUGGCUGCCCCACCAUCACCCGUUGCCGUAAUUCUUAGAAUAACAACUUAGUGCGUGUUUGAGUUACCGUUUUCAAGGCUCAAAAUUACGUUUACAAAAGGAUCUCACUCGUUACUUAUGCGUUAGAAGUGCAUUGGAAUGACUGUCACAGCAAUUUGAACUGCAACCCAAACAUGUGCUUUCUUUCUACUCUUUCAUUUCCUUACUCCUCUGCCUUCUAGUUUGUUAUGUUUUACUUUGAAUGUUGUUCACCUUUUUGUUUUUGUAAUUUUGUGUAAAUUAAUCUUAACUGGUGUGGCUAUUGUAAAUAUAUUUGUGUUCUUUCAUACUGCUUAUUCCACCUUAAA